GUGCAAAAUAGAGAAGUUCAGAAGUUGUUUCAGUUUUUAAAUCCUACUCUAAAAUUACCUGGACGUCGAGCAUUAGGUAGAAGAAUUUUAAAUUGUGAAAUAAAAGAUCUUGACAAUAAUAUGAUGAUAAAACUUAAAAAUAACUCUGUUGGAUCGACACUUGCUUUUGAUG